CUUCGUGUGCAGAAGCGACUGCUUAAAGGGUGACGAGCGAGGAGGACGUUGACUGAUCCGACACUGGACAUCAUCUUCGCUGGAUUGAAAACAAGAGCUGCAACAUGGGCAACGUCCAACCAACUAUUACCCCCUAUGAGGAUUUCGAUGUUGUGGCUGAUAUCAAGGCCAUUCGCAAAUCCUGCAAAGGUUUGGGGACGGAUGAGGAGGCCAUCAUUGAGAUCCUGGCCAAUCGUUCAUCAGCACAGCGCUUGGAAAUCAAGCACGCGUACUUCGAGAAGUAUGACGAUGAGUUGGAGGAGGUGUUGAAGAAGGAGCUGACUGGUAGUUUUGAGAUGGCCAUUGUGGCCAUGCUAGAUCCGCCCCACAUCUACUCUGCCAAGGAGCUGAGGAAGGCCAUGAAAGGGGCGGGCACCGACGAGGCCGUUCUGGUGGAGAUCCUGUGCACCAGCACCAAUCAGGAGAUUCUGAAUUGCCAGGAGGCGUAUGCCCAGGUGAACGAACGUGACCUUGUGGCUGACCUUGAGGAUGACACCAGUGGAGAUGUCAAGAACCUCCUGAUCACUCUUCUGCAGGCUAACCGAGAUGAAGGCUUUGAGGUGGACGAGGGACUGGCCGAGCAGGAUGCGACCGCUAUGUUUGAGGCAGGAGAGGGUCGUUUUGGAACGGACGAGUCCACCUUCAGUGACAUUUUGACACACAGGAACUACCUGCAGCUUCAGGCCACCUUCAAGAUCUAUGAGCAGCUCUCUGGGACAGAGAUCCUGGAUGCCAUUGAAAACGAAGCCACUGGGACCUUAAAGGAGUGUUACAUCACCCUGGUGCGGUGUGCCAAAAACCCUCAGCUCUAUUUUGCCCGUCGCCUGAACGCCGCAAUGAAAGGGGUGGGCACGGACGAAGACACGCUCAUCCGCAUCAUCGUUGGUCGCUCAGAGUUUGACCUGGAGACCAUUAAGGAUUUGUACCUGGAGAAGUAUGAUGUUCCUCUGAAAGACGCUCUGAGCUCUGAGUGUGGAGGAGACUUCAAACGUCUUCUACUGGAGAUCCUGCACUAAGACCCUGUUUGUUUCUGUUCCUCUUAUUCUUUAGCCUUUGACAGUUACACUCCUAAAACACCUGUCGGCUUAUACUUCUACCUCUCUCAUCCUCUUCUCUCACCUCUUCCUUCUCUCCGGCUCUGACUGCAGCAUGGACCAAAAACCAACCACACCGUCAUGUGUUACUAACACAGACAAGAUGUCACUAACUUCUACAUUGAGUAAUGAACAGAAGACUGCCAAGUAUACUGGAUAAUGACAUAAGUCAUAGACCUGAAUUAUAAAUACUGUUCUUAAAACCGAAUAACAUUAUAUUGAUAUACUAUGUUUAUUAUCACACAUUCCACAGUUAGGCUCUUCUUUACAUAUAGUAAUGUAACUAACUCUUUGUCAUUUUUUUCCCUUCUUUUUGUCAAAGCUGUGGGAAGUAGGGGUGCUGAGGGUGCUGCAACACCCCUUGGGGAAAAAAACAAGUCAAUUUGCUUUUUUUUGUGAACUUGUCCUUUACUGCUCCUGUAUCAGUUGAGGAAAAAUACUCCUCGUCAUCCCCCUCUUAUUCCUUUGUUGUUUGUGGCUGAUAGUUGAAGUUGGCUGUGUCAUUAGUUCAUACCACGUUUACUGUGUCUACCACAUAGAUGCCUUAAGAGAUGCCAUUAUCUUUCUGCUGCACCACUCAAGCUCCAAGGAAUCUCAUUGGAAGCUUUCAAGGUACAUACAGGAUCACGACAUGGCUCCAUUUUGAAUCCAUCAUUAGGAUUUUUAACCUGUAGGAAAGAAGUUGACUGGUGUUUAUAGUUCACCUUUUUAGAUCAAAGCCUUCUCUCUUUUGAAAUAUUUACACUUUGACAAUUAUUAUUCUUUCUAAUAAAACUCAAUGGAAAACAGCAGUAGUAACCAAUUGAAUCAACCAAUCGAAUUAGUUGAUAUAAAUAAGUGGAUGUUAAUGCUUUUAGAGAGCAAUGGGGGCUCUAAAAAAUAAUAUAUUAAGGAGGGAAUGCACCAUAGCAUUGAUUGUAGUAUUUCAUCAUUUAAAGGAAAUGUGCAAAUUAAUCGUAAGGCUUCAAGUACAAUCAUGAGCAUGUAGUAUUAAAGGCAACUACUGUAUGGUGAUAUUACAUGGCUUCCUAAAAUGGUAUAUCAAAAAUACCUCUUAACUAUCUUGUGAGUGGGCUUCUGUUGUGUCAGCUAUACAGGUGUCAGAACGGUAUUGAUGGCAACCAGGUCAAUGUCAACGACUUGCAUUUUGGAUGAAUGUUAUCCUGAACAUAGCCAAAGAUUUGUGGUUACUGUAAAAUAUAAAUAAAGCAUAGCUAUAUUAAACCGAACAA